CGCCCUGUCUCCUGCGGGGGCUCAGGAGCCGCCGGCUCCGGAGGCAUAGGCUCCUGCUGGCUGCGGUUGGCCAGAAUUUGUAGAAGGCACAGAUUUGGGAAUUUCUGAAGACUGAUUUUUUUUUGUGUGUGUGAGCUCAUAAAACAGGUGUUGUCAGUGUGUUCUGUUCUUUCCUUGCUGCUGCUUCAGCGUCUGUAAUGAUCUAGCACAGUUCAGUGGAAGUUUUCCAUGACAAAGAAAUGUCCUGUAUCUUUAGUGUCCUUGUUGGAAGCUACUAGACAUAUAUGGAUCUGAGCAUUUGGAUUGUAGUCCAGGUGGAGGACUAAAGAUACUGUCUGCAGCCUGAAAUUGUGUAGAGUCACUGACUGAAGGUUCAAGUUUGCAUUCUACAUGGUCUGAAAAACUAGAAGCCAAGGAAUUACCACAAAGUUGGCCCAGACCCAUUUGAAAUGUGGUGGUUUCAGCAAGGCCUCAGUUUCCUUCCAUCAGCCCUUGUAAUUUGGACAUUUGCUGCCUUCAUAUUUUCCUACAUUACUGCGAUAACACUCCACCAUGUUGACCCUGCAUUGCCUUAUAUCAGUGACACGGGUACGGUUGCUCCAGAAAGAUGCCUGUUUGGGGCAAUGCUUAACAUCGCUGCAGUUUUAUGUCUUGCCACCAUGUAUGUUCGUUAUAAGCAAGUUCAUGCCCUGAACCCUGAAGAGAACAUUAUCAUCAAAUUAAACAAGGCUGGCCUUGUACUUGGAAUCCUGAGUUGUUUAGGACUUUCACUUGUGGCAAAUUUCCAGAAAACAGCACUAUUUGUUGCACAUGUAUGUGGAGCUGUGCUCGCCUUCAGUAUGGGCUCAUUAUAUAUGUUUGUUCAGACCAUCCUUUCCUACCAAAUGCAACCCAAAAUUCACAGCAAACAAGUCUUCUGGAUCAGACUACUGUUGGUUAUCUGGUGUGGAGUAAGUGCAUUUAGCAUGCUGACUUGCUCAUCAAUUUUGUACAGUGGCGAUUUUGGUGCUGAUUUAGUACAGAAACUGCACUGGAACCCUGAGGAUAAAGGUUACGUGCUUCACAUGGUCACUACUGCAGCAGAAUGGUCCAUGUUGUUUUCCUUUGUUGGAUUUUUCCUCACGUAUAUUCGUGAUUUUCAGAAAAUUUCUUUGCGGGUGGAAGCCACUUUGCAUGGAUUAACCCUCUAUGACACUGCUCCUUGCCCUGUUACAAAUGAACGAACACCGCUGAUUUCCAGAGAUUUCUAAUGAAAGGAUAAAAUAAAUGUGUGAUGAUUAUGAUUCUCAGGGAUUGAGGAAAAGUUCACAGAAGUUGCUUAUUAUACACUGAAGUUUUUAAUGAGGUAAUCAAUGCAGACUGACAUUUAUGAAGAAUGGUAAUCAGGAGACAUGUAAUAAGCCCUUUGAUAAGUUUUCUUAAAGGAUGUCAUUACAAAGAAGACUAUUUAAAAACAUUUAUCCCAAUAAUUUUUUUUAAUCUCAGAAAAUAAAAACCAAAGGACUACAACAUUGUAGUUUUUUUCUACUUUAUUAAAGAGAAACAGUUUGAACUGUACCAAGUAGGCUGGGUAACUGGCCUUAAACAUUUUGUAAGUUAUUGUAAAAGAAUCUGUUAGUACUUUUAUGAGUGACAUUUUCAGUGAUCCAAAAUAAGGAGCAUUGGUCAGCAAAUCAUUUCGAAUUAGGAUUUGAAGUUGAAGUUGGACUAUAUUAAUAUAUUUCUUACAGUGCUUAAACUUCUAGUGUUGUUCCAGCAUCGCCUCGUAAAUAUGACUUGACCUGAACUUCAUGUGAAUUCUUUGGUAGAUUAAAUUUUGCACAAGAGAUUCAAUAAGUAUUGAAGUGAUUAUGACCACAAGGCCAGGUACCAUACUAAUUGAUCUGUCAUGCAUGCUUACAGUAGUUGCAUAAAGCCUAUGUCUCUGGGACUGUUACAUUCAUAAUGACCAGUGAAGGGAAGAGACACCUAUAGCAAAUUUGCUACCAUUAUAUUCUAUAUUAAUAAGGAAAAAGCGUUAAUGGCUGAUGACAUGGCUCAGUAAGUAAAGUCACUUGCUGCUUAGCCUGACAACCUGAGUUUAAUCCCUGGCUCCCACGUAAUGCAGAGAGCUCAACUCAUGUGAAUCCCCACAUGCAUACUGUGGCAUGCACAGGCACUUACAAUAAAUGAAUAUAACAAGAUAAAUUUUGAUAUUCCUAAAUAAGACUGAUAAGUCUGCGAAUAAAAAUAGAUAUGAUUACUAACAAGCAAAAGUCUCCCCAAACUGCAGUUAGGUGCUUCUUGGAUUUUCACUGAUAGAAAAUUAUAAUUACUAAUAAAAGUAGUCUUAAGCAGGUAGAUGUUGAGCUUUUUUAAUGGAAUGUGAUCUUUAAGAACCUAGAUUUUAGAGAACAGACUCAAAUCAGAAGCAAAAAUUAAAACCAAGGUACAUGUGAUACAUGCAUCUAUCUUUUUCUCUUGUCAUACAAAUGAUUGUAUAGUUUCUACUUGAUUCUCUCUGCAGAUAAUGAUUCAUAGAUCCCAAUAAGAUUAAAAGGAAGAAUGACCUAGAAAGUGCCCAAUGUCAAACUAGUUUAUAAAAGAAUCUUUGAAGAAUACUAACCUAGUUUAUAUUUUUAGAAUAGAUGGGACUAAAACCAGAAGAAAAAUGGUAAGAAGGAGCAAUUUAAGGGAAAAUGUUUAUAUAUUGGAGCUAUAGACUUCUAAUAUAAGUAAACUGUUAGAUAUAGGAGUCAGAAACUGUUUCUGAAGAAACAUUCUAACCUAAUAAGUAAAGAGUACUUACCUAUGCCAAGCAGCAGUGUAUAGGGAAGACAUUUCAGUAAACAGUGGUUGAUUGAUCACUAGGGGAGAAACUUCCAUACAGAUCAUGAAAAGGUAUUAUGCCUUUCAGUAAUCGUGAUGUAACCACACAUGGAGGGUAUCUGUUCCUGAUUGUUAUCUAUCAAUAAAUCAAGUUAGGAAGUAUCUGCAGGGUGGCGAAAUGGAUGUUAAUAGACUCAGUCAUGAAACUAAAUAUGGGGAAGGUGGCUAAGGGAAAAACCUAGACUUGUUAAUUGCCCCAUAGAAUAUUAACCUUAGAGAUAUGUAUCAGACAAUAAAGAAAUUGUUUUAAGAUAGUAUUUAAAUUCUGCUAGUUAACUUGCCCUUAAAAAUAAGAAAAACUGAAAACAAUGGGUUUAAGGAAGAGAUUAUAAAUCAAGAAAAAUAUGGACUAUGUGUUCCUCCCAAACCUUAAGGCUGACAUGAUGAUAGACAGUGAUAGUCUUCCUCUAAAUAUCCCUUAUCGAUAUGUCGAAUACAGUAGUUUGGAUAAAAUAAUGACUUUUAAAAAUCUGUGUUGUGUCUGUGUGUGUGUGUCUGUGUGUGUCUGUGUGUGUCUGUGUGUGUGUGAAACUUUAGCUUUCCAAAUAGGUCUUACAUGUACACAUGAGCAAUACUAAAUGGACUUAGUAUAUAUUAUACACACGUAAUAAGAGUUCAUCAAUUUGAGAGGGAGUGGGGGAACAUGGGAGAAGUUGGAGGGAGAGAAGGGGAGUAGAAAUGAUGUAAAUACAGUACUCAUGUAUGAAAUUAUUAAAAACAUAAAUAGUGAAUAGAAUUAUCAGGUACCAUGAACUGAGAGUGAAAAAUCUUAUUUCCUCUUUGUCUUAGAUUUACAGGUGAUGGGAUUAUAGGAGUGUGCUACCAUCCCUGGCUUUUAAGGGUCUGUAAGCCACUGUAUCCUCCAAAGGACCUGUUAAUUGACUAAAAGAGUUGUCCUGAGGCUCAGGAAGUCAAGGAAACAAGUAUAUUAUAAAGAAAAUGCCCCAGAUAUCCUAAAAUUUGCAAUGAUGAUGUAGUGCACAGAAAAAUUUAUUGUUUAGGAAACUAGCAGUUCAGCUGAAAAGUACAAAGAUUAUAAUAGGAUCUCACCAAUGCUCAGACCCCGAUCUCUGCUGAAAGCAUGUUUGUCACUUGUCAUCAUCAAAUGGAAUGAUGAAGUGUGUCACACUGUAGCCACAAAGGCCAGGUCCUCUCCAUCAGCAGAGCAGAUUGAUUCAGGCUCCCAGACACGAAUGCCUGGGCAAAAGAAGGGCAUACUGUUUGCUGAAGGUAGCUAUUAAUGUUUUUCAUAGGCCGGGUGUGGUAGCACAGGCCUUCAAUCCCAGCAUUGGUGAGAUAUAGGCAUGCAGAGCUCUGUGAGUUUGAGGCCAGCCUGGUCUAUAUAGGGAGCUCCAGGCCAGCCAGAGUGACAUAGUGAGACCCUGUCUCAAAAAAGAAAAAUGGGGGGAAAAAAAAGGAAAAAACUAAUUUUUUUUCAUACUAUUGUCUUUUUGUAGAAGAUAUCUGGCAAAAAUAAAAAAAAAAAUGGCAAGACGUAAAAUUUCCUG